AUGGCGGCGGCGGCGGCGGCUUGCCGGCGAGCAGUGUCCUACACCCUCCUCGGCCCACCAGCGGAGAGCCUCCGUGCCGCGGCGAAGGCGGCAGCGCCCGCGACCGGUGACAUGUUCCUGGAUCUGCUCGACGCCAACUUCAACAAAGCGACUAAGGCGCCGCCGGCAAAGACGCUCACGGAGAACGCGUCGCCAACGUUCGCGUCCUCGGGGGACGCCUGCCUCGACUUCUUCUUCCACGUCGUUCCCGGGACCCCUUUGUCGACCGUCACCUCCCUCCUCGCCGACGCGUGGGCCGCCGAGCCGAACACGGCGCUACGCCUCGCGUGCAACCUCCGCGGCGUGCGCGGGACCGGCAAGUCCGACCGCGAGGGGUUUUACGCCGCCGCGCUCUGGAUGCACGGGUGCCACCCCACCACGCUCGCCCUCAACGCGGGCCCCGUUGCGGAGUUCGGCUACCUCAAGGACCUUCCCGAGAUCCUCCACCGUAUCAUCCACGGUGGCAAAUCGACGAGGACCCCGGGCAAGCAGGCCCGCCUCGCCGCUUCAGGAGGCUUCGUCGCUCGCCGCAGUCGCGGAUUCCGGGCUGGCCGGGGCGGCCGCAGUUCGACUCGCACGUGGUGGAAGGAGUCACCACGCCCCUGGACCACGAGGGCGGCGCGCAUCGCUGCCGCCAACGAGCGUGAUCGGAAGGUCGCCGCUGAGGCUGCCGUAGAGCGGAGGAAGAGGCGCGCGGAGGCCGCAGCGAGAGCCGUCGACAGGUACGCCCGUGACCCAACCUACCGGCUCCUGCACGACUGCACAGCGGAUCUGUUCACCGACCUCCUCGCUAAGGACAUGAAGAAACUCGCCGAAGGGAAGAUCAACGAGCUCUCGCUAGCCGCGAAAUGGUGCCCGGCGAUUGACACCUGCUAUGACCGCUCCACGCUCCUCUGCGAGGCCAUUGGGCGACGCCUCUUCCCUAAGGGCUCGUCGCCUGAGCUCCCCGAGGACUUGAAGGACGAGCACUACGCCUACCGCGUGCGCGAACUUCUCCGCAAGAAGGCGCUCGUGCCCCUGCAUCGCGCCCUCAAGGUCCCCGAGAUCUUCAUCUCGGAGAAGGCGUGGGGGAACGUGGUUUACCGGCGCGUGGCGUCCGUGGCCAUGAAGAAUUACAAGGAGUUCUUCCGGAAGCACGACGCCGACCGCUUCAGCCUCUACCUCGCCGACGUUAAGACCGGCAAAGUGAAGAUCGCGGCUGGCGCCAUGCUCCCCCACGAGAUCCUGGCGUCCGCUAGGUACGACGCCGAGGUCGCCGACCUGCAGUGGGAUCGCAUGGUGUCUGAUAUGCGGGCACUCGGCAAGCUCAACAACUGCAUAGCCAUCAGCGACGUGUCCGGCAGCAUGCACGGCCUCCCCAUGGACGUCAGCAUCGCGCUCGGCCUCCUCAUUUCCGAGCUAAGCGACGAGCCUUGGCACCACCGGCUCAUCACCUUCAGCAGGUGGCCUCAGCUUCACCAGGUCACCGGCGAGUCCCUCUUCGAGAAGACAGAGUUUAUCCGUCGGAUGGACUGGAUGAUGAACACCGACUUCCAGGCCGUGUUCGACAAACUCCUCAGCGUUGCUGUCGCUGGCAAGCUGUCUCCGGAGCAGAUGGUGAAGAAGGUGUUCGUGUUCAGCGACAUGGAGUUCGAUCAAGCGUCGUUGAGGCCGUGGGAGACAGACUACGAAGCGAUCACGAGGAAGUUCACGGAGGCCGGGUACGGCGCAGCAAUCCCGCAGAUAGUGUUCUGGAACCUGCGCAACUCAAGGUCCGUGCCUGUGACCUCAGAGCAGAAGGGGGUGUCGCUGGUGAGUGGCUACUCUAAGAACAUGGUUAAGCUGUUCCUUGAUGGUGAGGAGGACGUGCCAGAUAAGAUCCUGACACCGAGGGAAGUGAUGGAUAAGGCCAUCUCUUGGCCGGAGUACGAGAAGCUCGUCGUCUUCGAUUGA